CUUUUAGGAAAACAAAACAAAACAAAAUCGUCCUCCCCUAACCCUCGUUUUCCCUUGUUCUGUUUCCCUCUUACAACACUGCAGCGACAGAAAAAAGAGAAAUUUAACAAAAAAAAAAUUAAUUAUUUUUACUUCAAAGCUUCAAAGCUCUUUAUUUAAUCUUGGAGGGAAAUUCGGCGGCUAAAAUGGCGAAGCGAGAGCUCUCCAGUACUUUGAGGGGCUUGAAGUUCAUGCAAAGGGCAGCUCAGAGAGAGGAGAAAGUUAAGAAAGAAGAAGACGUUAAUCCUGAAGGGAGUAAUACUAUUACUAGAAAAUGUGUGGUCAUUAUGGAAGGGGAUCCCCAUCCAGGAGCUAUUGUAGGACGGAUGUCAUUUCAAAGUUUCAAUCCUUCUAUUGAUAAACUGAAUGAGGAUGCAUCAAAUGUGUGUCAGCCGGAUGCCUCUGGUGGAAGAACGUUGUCUAGUGAACAUAGAUCUGAAUCUGAAGGAGCUGACUGCUCGAGGGUCCGAACAUAUAAAUACGAAGGUAAUGGAGACCUUAAAAGAAAACAGUCUGACAUGGUUUCUGAACCUGAGUAUGCAAAUAAAUCACCAAAAAAUGGUCAUGGAGUUCAAUCGUCACCAAGCAGCAGUAAAGCCUCCUCCCAAAAGCAGUCAAAGCGUGAGAAGCUGGACUGGAAACUUCUUAGGCCACCAAAGUCUAAGAGUUUAAGUUGAUUUACUCGAGAAGAAGCCAAGAACUUGAUUUACAAUGCUCAAAAAGAUUGAAUGAGCUUGGAGCUGUUUGUCUGCUUGUGCUGAAUUUGCUCUCGAGAAUACCUGCAUGCUGUGAAACAACAAACAAUAAGUAAAGUAUUUGUGGUGCCACUACAAUGUCUUCCGUCCAACACAUAUGGCUAUAUGAAAGUUAUUUGGUUUCCAUCUUUUAGUAGUUUCAAUUAUUUGAAAUACUGUGAGCCCUCUCAUGUCAUCUUUCCCUAAAUCUAACUGCUUCACUUGCCUUCGGGCGCUGAGUGUGUUUCGAUGAUCGUAAAAGGAUUGUCAUCUUAUCUCCAUCAUACCUGCAUCUGAUAAUGAUGUAUGUAAUCAGGGAAAUGGUAAAGCUAAAAGAUCUGCCACGGCAGGUUGCAGUGAGAAUU